AUGUUAGGUCCACAACUACAUAGUAUACCUAUAUCCCAACAUCCUCCAAUUACAACUACAACAGAAGAUCUUAAAUAUCAUAUUGGACAUGAGAUAUAUGUAAGUCUAUGCAUCCUCGAUACAUUAUUCAAAUUAGAUAUUCUCGACAUUUCCACUAUUCGAGAUCAUCAUGAUGAACUUAAAAAGUAUUUCCGUCAAUAUAAACAAUUUCCCUACCCAACUACCGCAAUCCUGAUGCAUCAAAAUAUAACAAUGAAUCCAAUUACAGAUAUUCACCUUAGAAAACAUCUUGAAUUUAUUCGAAAUAUUCAACAACCUGAAUCACGACAUUUCUACUACUAUAACAAUACUAGAACACGCCGACAAGAUGAGAUUCCUGUGAGUGUUAUAUCUGCCAUGAAGAUGAUUGUUAAGGAUAUGGAAGUAUUUCUUGAUAUGAUUUUAGAUGAAGUUGGAUAUCAUAAUUUGAUUGUUGAUGUAUAUAUGGUAUAA